GGCUAUUCAAAGAAUGCCAAUGGAACUUCAUCUCAUCUGUCCAAGAAGAAUAUGCUCAGAAAGGUUUAUUUUAUCAGCCUGUACCAUCCUGAGCUGCUUCUUCUAUGUGGUUUUGGCUCGUGGACAACCAGAUAGGAGCCGAGUUGGGCAUUUGUCACACACCACCACAAACCAGACUUUGUCCCCUGGAAUUUCAAGAUCGUCCACCUUUGAUAGAUCACAUUCCGUUGAAAUAACUCCCUCUGGAAACAUAUCUUGGCUGCUAGGGUCCAGCUUGACUCUCAGCUGUAGCGCCGAUUCAGUGCCUGCUCCGUGUUACUGCUGGUUUUUCAACGACACCAGUGCAGAUGUGGAAGAAAGAGACCUGACCAUUAAUUUGACCUCCUGGGAAAAUGAGGGCAUCUAUAAAUGCUGCGUGCACAAUCCUCAGACCAACGUCAACGCCUGCGCGUCUACAUUUGUGAGGAUAAAAACCAGUGAAGAAACACAACUGGAGCUACAUGGGAAGCUCAUUGCUGCCAUCUGUCUUGGACUGGUGGGGAUAAUAGCUCUGGUGAUGCUGCUGCUGUGUUAUUUCCGUGUCCGUGUUCAGAGUGAGAAUCCAGCCCAGAUUAAUUCCAUUCCGUCCUUGUAUGGAGACCUUCCCUCAACUCAGGAGCAACCAGGGACCAGCCUGACAGCAUAA